AAAUAAUAAUAACGUGAUCAGCUGAUCGAAGGAAAGGCUUGGUAGGAUGAGGAUAUAUCUUUUCCUCGUUUAUUUCUUCUUUAUCGUCUUAUCUCUCUUCCUUAUUCCUUCCAGGAGUGAAACAUGCGAAAAGGGAGAUAGCAGAAGCCACAGGUACUUACUCUAUGACGUGAAUCCUGGAGAAGGAUUUAAUCUGCGCAGAGAUGUUUUUGUUCGCAUUGCAAACUUAGCGCGCAGGCUGAGCGAGAUGGACAAUUGGAUUCUGGUGCUGCCUCCUUGGGGGAGACUUUACCACUGGAAGCACACACACCGAGGGGAGUAUUUUCCCUGGCACAGUUUCUUUGACAUAAAAAGCCUUAGUAAAUGGACUCCUGUCAUUGAAUUUGAAGACUAUUUGAAAGCUGAAGGCCCAAAGAUACAAGAGGUGUAUAUGCUACAGCACUACGUAGAAGGAUGGACCGGAGAAUGGGUGGUGAAAUACGACAGAAGACCCUGCUUAGAAGAACAUAAUUUUAGAGAGGACAGUGAUGGUUCAUGGCAUGGGACAGCGUGGGGAACAAAUAUCAGAGUUGGGAAUUUUUCGUGUCUGUCUAUUCAAGGUGAAGCUUCAACACUCAUACCACUUAUCACACAGAAGGAUGAAACACGGACUGUCCUCAUCACAAGGGCAGAGACCGUUUUGCACGAUGAAUAUGGAGGAAGAAGAUAUUGGGCCGCAAGGAGGAGCAUGCGGUUUGCCAAGCACUUGCUGUCAGAAGCUGCUAGGUUUAGGGCUGAAUACCUUCAUUCUGAUGAUGUCAGUGAUAAGACAGAGGUGACUGAUGACUGGAGGGACUUUAAGCCCAAGCACGGAACAGCAGUGGGAGGUCCAUACCUGUCAGUCCACCUACGCAGACGGGACUUUAUAUAUGCAAGAGGAGAUGAAAUCCCUAGCCUCAAGAAAGCUGCAAAGCAGAUGAAAGAAUUACUGCAAGCAAAGGAACUGCAAGAUGUUUAUAUUGCAACAGAUGCUCCACUUGAAGAGUAUGUGGAGCUGGAAGAACUCAUGAAACCAUACAACGUACACCGAUAUGACCCCAGUCCAGAAUUCUUUGACCAGUGGGGUGAUGGUGGAGUAGCCAUCAUUGACCAGAUAAUUUGUGCUCAUGCAAGGUAUUUCACCGGCUCAUACGAAUCCACAUUCUCCUUCCGCAUACAGGAAGAACGGGAGAUCAUGGGCUUCCCCGUGGAGACAACCUUCAACCGAUUAUGCGGAAAGAAAGCAAAGUGUGAACAGCCGGCAAAGUGGAAAAUUGUAUACUGAAUGUUUUUAUAUUUUCAACACUUUUAUGUAUACAGAUCGUAGUUGUCCUUUGUUGAAUGAACCCUUGUUUUUUUGUUUUUUUCCUCUUUUAUAUUGACUUACAUUCUAAAGAUUUACCAAAGAAAUUAAAUAUUCAUCAGUGUCUCAAAAAGUCUCACAAAUAUCUCUGUUCAUAUUUAGUGUAAUUCAAACAAUCAGGUUGCUUGUGUGAACUGAAAAAGGACUGGAUAGGACCAUGUAUAAACUCAGGUUUUAAACCGGAUGGAAAAUAUAUUAGAGGAUUAAUAGCUAUUUCUUUUAACUGAUCUGAAUAAAACUUAAGGAACCUUUUAUUUAGAUUUGGAUGAUGUUCAAGAGUGAAAUUUGAUAAAAUGUGCAUAUUAAGUACUGACAAAAGAAUCAGGUUAAGUAUGGAAAGUAUUCAAAACGGAUAUUACAACAGGCUGAGCAUCCUUUAUCUGAAAAUCUGGAAUAUAAAAUGCUUCAAACUUUCAAACGUUUUAAGUUAAGAUUGUCAUAAUUUCCCAUAAAAUCAAAUACAAAUAAAAAGAAUAAAAAAAUAAAAAUCAAUAGAUUUUUAAAAUCUGGUUCUGUGAUUUUCAGUGUGUAAUUUUCAGUUUUGUCAUUGCUAGUCCAUUAAUCAGGCCUAACAAAAAAAAAUUAUAGUGUAUUUUGAUUAUACAUGUAUUGACUUGCUUUUGAAAAUACUCCAAAAUCAUGAAAUACAAAUUCUUGCAUGUUAAGUAUAUCAAGUUGAUAUUUUGUGUGAAAUGCCUUUCUAUCCAUUUAAGAUUUUUGUAAAAACAUCAUACAAGUACUUAAUCUUUUUUUUUAUGUUUACUUCCUCACAAUAUGAUAAUAAGUGACAGUAUUUUAUAUUGCAAGAAUGCAAGAAAGGAAAGAAGUGUUAGUAUGCUGUCAAGAAUGGAGUGCAAUGGUAUCUAGAAAAUAUUUUCAUCAGUAGUGAGGUGAUACAGGUAAAAAAAUUGACAAUAAAACGUUUGUUACACUGGUAGCCUACCAAUGAGAUUAUUUUGCUGGUUAUCAAAUUAUUUGCUUUCUCAUGUGCCAUAUAGUGUUUGCAAUUGUAAAACUUGAAAGGUUAGUGUUAGACAUUCUUUUGUGAUGACCUCUAUAUAUUUAUACAAUAAAGUUAUUUUGUCAAC